CACGCCUAUCUCCUUUGCCUCCCUCCCCUGGGCGGAGCUGCGGCUGCUCAUGUGACAGGAGGGCGGGGCUGUCGUGGAGGAGGAGGAGGAAGAUGGCGGCGGCGCUAAGAGUGGAGAGACGGAGAGCGGAAUAACAACAACAGCUGGACGGUCACUACUCCAGUGCAUUUGCCACUUGCUGACAUUUCGUGGGGGCCACGUGGGACCACUAUGUAGCAGAGGUCAAACUCCCAGUGGACUUUACAGUAGAAGCCUGAGAAGGAUUUGAGAUCUGUUGGGUCUAACACUGAAUCGGGACAAAGUUCAUGAGGUACCUGACUUGCCGGCUGUCACCAUGAGCAGUAGCGCAGGAAAAGAUAAGGAGCCCAAGGUGAGCUCCGGCACUAAAGAGAGAGAGAAGGAAGCCAAAGCCGUGGGGCCGGUGAAGGAGAGUAAAGACAAGGACCUGAAGAGCAAAGUGAAAGAUGCCAAAGAGGGUAAGCGAGACCCCGUUGGAGCCCAGGCAGGCGUGGCAUUUUCACUGGACAAUACCAUUAAACGGCCAAACCCUGCGUCAGGGAUGCGUAAAAAAGCCAGUAACGCCGAGGUGAUCAAAGAACUGAGCAAGUGCCGGGAGGAGAACUCCACUCGCUUGGACCUGGCCAAGAAGUCCAUACACAUGCUUCCAGUUUCCAUCAAAGACCUGACGCAGAUCACCGAACUGUAUUUAUACGGAAACAAGCUGCAGUCCCUGCCGGCCGAGGUGGGCUACCUGGUGAACUUGGUCAAGUUGGCCCUUAGCGAGAACUCCCUGACUAGCCUUCCCGACUCCCUGGAUAACUUAAAGAAGCUGUGCAUGCUGGACUUGCGGCACAACAAGCUGCGGGAGAUCCCGCCCGUCGUCUACCGGCUGAGUUCUCUCACCACGCUCUUUUUACGGUUCAACCGCAUUACCGCGGUGGAGAAGGACCUCAAAACACUGUCCAAGCUCACCAUGUUGAGCAUACGGGAGAACAAGAUCAAACACCUGCCUGCGGAAAUUGGGGAGUUGUGUAACCUGAUUACACUGGAUGUGGCUCACAAUCAGCUCGAGCACCUUCCCAAGGAGAUCGGCAACUGCACCCAGAUCACCAACCUCGACCUGCAGCACAAUGAGCUCCUGGACCUGCCAGACACCAUAGGAAACCUGUCCAGCUUGAGUCGUCUGGGCCUGCGCUAUAACAGACUGUCUGCCGUACCCCGAUCCCUAGCCAAGUGCAGUGAGCUGGACGAGCUCAAUCUGGAAAAUAACAACAUCUCCACUUUGCCAGAGGGGCUUCUCUCCAGCCUAGUGAAAGUGAACAGCUUAACCCUGGCCCGAAACUGUUUCCAGUCCUACCCAGUGGGGGGGCCCUCCCAGUUCUCCUCUAUUUACUCCCUCAACAUGGAGCAUAAUCGCAUUAACAAGAUCCCAUUUGGAAUCUUCUCUAGAGCAAAAGUAUUGAGUAAGCUGAACAUGAAGGACAAUCAGCUGACUUCUCUUCCUCUGGAUUUUGGAACCUGGACGAGUAUGGUGGAAUUAAAUCUGGCUACCAAUCAGUUAACGAAGAUUCCUGAGGAUGUAUCUGGCCUUGUCUCCAUAGAGGUUCUCAUUCUCUCCAACAACCUCCUGAAGAAGCUCCCGCAUGGGAUUGGGAACCUGCGCAAGCUGAGAGAAUUGGACCUGGAAGAGAACAAGCUGGAGUCGCUGCCUAAUGAAAUUGCUUAUCUCAAAGAUCUGCAGAAAUUGGUCCUCACUAAUAACCAGUUAACCACGUUACCCAGAGGAAUCGGGCACCUCACCAAUCUCACGCACCUUGGUCUUGGGGAGAACCUCCUCACCCAUCUUCCAGAAGAAAUAGGUACACUGGAGAAUUUGGAGGAGCUGUAUCUGAACGAUAACCCCAAUUUACAUGGCCUCCCCUUUGAGCUCGCUCUGUGCAGCAAACUGUCCAUCAUGAGUAUUGAGAACUGUCCGCUCAGCCACCUUCCCCCCCAGAUUGUGGCGGGGGGCCCGUCGUUCAUCAUUCAGUUCUUAAAGAUGCAAGGUCCUUAUCGUGCCAUGGUCUGAUUGGUCUGAUCCCACCCCCCCUUCCCAUACACUGUACAAAGAGCACCCCCUUGUGUUAUAUAUUAUAUAUUAUAUAUGUGCUUGUCCCCUCCCCCGGGGUGCGGCUACAUCACUAAUAUAUAUAUAUAUAUAUAUACGUAAGGAAAAGGCAGAUUUAUUACAUUAUGUGUUUUUGCUCAUAGAGGAAUCAUAGCCAUUUAGAUUUUUUUUAUUACGUACAAAAUUCUUUUUUUUUUUUUUUUAAAUAAUUUUUGCUGAAUGUGGUGCGUAACUGGGUCACAGUUUGGUUCGUGUAUAAUGAAAUGUCAGUUCAGUUCCGAACAUUUGCCAACGUAUUUCUGUGCCGCUCUCUCGCCAGUUAUCCGGAUCUGCUCCCCCCCCCCCAGAUUUUGCCCAAAUCUUCUUUAACUUGUUUUUUUUGUUUGUUUAAUGUUUAUCUAUUAUUUCCACUCUGGGUGAAUCACUGUGUUCCUGCCACUGGAUUUGCUCAGUUUUAAUUACACAUUUAUACUUCCUGUUUGACAAGCCAAUGAAUUGUCAGCUUAGUGGGAGAGUUUCUGGACUUGUAUGUAAUGGCAGGACUGAUCCGAAAUCCAUGGGGCCGGCUCGUGGGGAGAGUUCAGUCCUGAGCUGCUGUGAAACCACUGUGUGUGUGUGUUUGGGACUGCUGGGAGUUGUAGUUUGAUCUAAGCUGGGGGUCCAGACUGGAUAUUGAUGUCGUGGGCAGUACAAAUCAUACACAGUAUUUCUGGUUAUUUGCUGCCACUGGACACUAAAUUUUAAUUGAUUGAUUGAUUGAUUCUGUUUGUGGCCCCUACAACCCAUUGUGGCCCCUCAGACUGAUUGGCGUGACAUUAUUGACUGGCACUUAUCCUGUGUAGCUUCAUGUUGCAGCUGUUGUUGUUUGCUGGGUAGUUGCUCCUAAAGCAGGAGAUACUUGCAGCAAUGCUGUAAAGCAAUUCCCUCACCACUGCUCUCCCAGACCUGUGAUGUUUUGUGUGGUUUCCGUGCCAACAAACUGACCCGUCUCUCUGCCUGUGCUGGUGCCAUGUCUCACUUGUGUCUCUGGCCAAAACCGACAGUUGUUCCAGUUGCCCUGCUCAUUAAAUGUAUAGGGUUUUGCUUUAUGGCAUGCUGCACUGUGGCUGAACUGUAGCAUUGCUGCGAUGUACUUGCUGUUGGUGCACAUGGAGCUGAGCAUUGGACCCUCCUGUGUUGCCAUAGUGAUCGUGCCUGUCUAUAGUAUAUUCAGAUCUGGAUUUUCAGGGUGCAGGGGGGGGGAGUAGAAUGCAGGUCAGGCCCCCCUCUGUGCUCAAGGGGUCUGCUGUGUACCCCAGUUAUACCACAAUUUCUAGGGAACAAAUAACAGUUCACCCCAAUUCUUACCCAGGCCAAAUACAAUCAGCCUCGUCUCUGUACCCCCCAAUCCCACAUUGAAACAUAUUUCAGCACCGUGAGGAUUUGAUGGAUUUUAGCUGCUUUUUAAAGGAUAAGUCAACCCCAUUUUUUUGCCUAAUCAGAAAGAAAUCACAAUUCUAAGCAACUUCCCCAUAGACAUUCAUUACACAUUUUCUAUGGUUUUUAAAAGAAUGUGUAUGGGGAAAGUUGCCUAGAAUUGGGUUUUCUUUUACUUGUCCUUUAAACAGAAAUCGGUGCUGUUUCUUAGUAGUA